AUGGCUCGCCACGGGGAUACUCGCUCACCAUCUCCUGUAGGCAGCACUUUUUCUUCAUCCAAGCGUCCUCGCAGAGAUGAUGACCGCUACGACCGAAGCCGGCGGGAUGAAGGACGGAACUUUCGACGAUCCCGCAGCCCAGAUCGCCGGUACCGUGAUCGCGAUCACGGCAGAGACGGAUUCCGCCGGCGCGACCGCUCCCUAGACAGACGCGAUGAAGACACAUACCGACCCAAUCGCAAAGAGCGAUCUCGAGACCGCCGACGCUCCAGAGACAGAGAUGAUUAUCGGAGGAGGAGCCGUGAUAGAGAUUAUCGGCCAAGGCGAGAUGAUUCACGCGACCACGACCGCAGGCGCCUAGAUGAUUCUGCUGAUUUGAAGCCCAAAGCUAGACGGGGAGAUAGCCGUGACCGUGGUGCAAGCCGACGUUCUAGAUCAGGAACCCGCGAGCCAUCGAAACAGUCGACCCCCGCGCCUACGCCCGCCGCCCAGGCAGACGAGCAGAAGAAAGCUGAGAGACUCGCCAAGCUGCAAGCCUGGAAGCAGAAACAAGCGGCCGAACGCGAACGUAAAGAACGGGAAGAGGCUGCUACUGGUCCUCGGAACAUUUUAGAUGCGAUUGAUCGAAAGACGGGUAUUACUUCAGCUGUUGGAUCGCCUAAUACCCCCGUAACACCAACGGACUUCCCGGCCGCUACGCCAUACCCUGGAAAAUUCGAUCCGAAAGCUAUUGCCAAGAAUGCGACAAACUCUUCCGUCUCCAAGGAUGUUCUCGGUAUCGAUAUCGAUGUUCCUCAGCCCGCAAAGACUGCGGCAAAACCAUUGACUGCUCCAUCUGCUCCCUUGAAACCUAAAGGAAAUGUGAGUGGCUUUGGGCUGGGAGCGAAACCGCCUUCCGAUAAGGAGAAAUCUACGGCUACUCGAACAUUAGGUUUUGAUGAGGAGGUGACUACUCGCAAGAAGCUCGAGCGACUCCCAACUCCUCCCCUUGAUGAUGGCAAAGAUAAUGCUGUAGAUGAUGCUGUAGACGAUGAUGUCGACAUGCAAGAAGAUGCCACCGAGGAGGAUGCUGCAGCGGCAGCUCGAGCAGCAGCGGAACGACGAGAAGAGCGCCUCCAAAAUGCGAUUCAGUCGGAAGGCGAUGGAAAAUCCGAGCCUCAACCAAAUGGAGACGUUCCCAUGGAAGAUUUACCAGCCCAGCCAGUCGAAUCUACCGAGAUGGAGGUCGAUGAAGACAUUGAUCCUUUAGACGCUUUCAUGUCUGGACUUGGUGACACCGCCGCCCCACAGCAGAAGUUCGGUGCGAAGUUCUCCAAAAAGAAAGAACAACAACCGCAGGCUAUGUUCGGAGAUGAAGAGGAUGUCGCUAUUACGGCUGUUGGAGAAGAUGAUGCAGAUGAUGUCCUCGCCAUUGCAAACAAGAAAAAGAAGAAAGAGAUUCCGACAGUGGACCAUGCGAAGGCUGAGUAUGAACCCUUCCGCAAGGAGUUCUAUCACGAGCCAUCCGAUCUUGCUAGCAUGACCGAGGACGAGACUGCUGUCUUACGCGCCGAGCUUGAUGGCAUCAAGGUGCGCGGUGCCGAUAUCCCAAAGCCGGUACAGAAGUGGGCACAGUGCGGAUUGGGUGUGCAGACUCUCGAUGUUGUUGAUCGACUGGGCUUUGAUUGCCUUACAUCCAUCCAGGCACAAGCAAUCCCUUCCAUCAUGGCUGGCCGUGAUGUUAUUGGCGUUGCGAAAACUGGCUCCGGUAAGACCAUGGCAUUCCUCAUCCCCAUGUUCCGACACAUUAAAGAUCAACGGCCACUCGACAUGAUGGAAGGCCCUAUUGGGCUUAUCAUGACACCAACCCGUGAAUUGGCCACACAAAUCCACAAGGACUGUAAACCGUUCUUGAAGGCCUUGGGUCUCCGUGCUGUGUGUGCUUAUGGCGGUGCCCCGAUCAAGGAUCAGAUCGCCGAAUUGAAGCGAGGUGCAGAGGUCGUCGUAUGUACUCCUGGUCGUAUGAUUGAUCUGCUUGCAGCGAAUGGUGGACGAGUGAUUAAUCUGAGACGAGUGACAUACACUGUUCUCGAUGAGGCGGAUCGCAUGUUCGACAUGGGCUUCGAGCCUCAAGUUAUGAAGAUUAUGGCUAAUGUUAGACCUGAUCGUCAAACUGUUUUGUUCUCUGCCACAUUCCCUCGCAACAUGGAGGCUUUGGCCCGAAAGACAUUAAAGAAGCCUGUGGAGAUUGUAGUAGGCGGCAAGAGUGUUGUCGCUCCCGAAAUUACACAGAUCGUUGAGGUUCGCAAUGAGGACCAAAAGUUCGUUCGUCUUCUUGAGCUCUUGGGUAAUCUCUAUUCAGACGACGCCAAUGAAGAUGCCCGCUCCUUAAUUUUCGUGGAUCGUCAAGAGUCGGCAGAUACCCUUUUGAAGGAGCUCAUGCGCAAGGGUUACCCAUGCAUGUCCAUCCAUGGCGGUAAGGACCAAAUUGAUCGUGACUCCACCAUUGAGGACUUCAAGGCUGGUAUCUUCCCCGUCUUGGUCGCUACUUCAGUUGCGGCCCGUGGUCUUGACGUUAAGCAACUCAAGCUUGUCGUCAAUUACGACGCGCCUAACCACUUAGAGGACUAUGUUCACCGUGCGGGCCGAACUGGCCGUGCCGGUAACACUGGUACUGCUGUUACUUUCCUGAUGGAAGAGCAAGGCCGUUAUUCUGUUGAUAUCGCCAAGGCACUCAAACAAAGUGGACAGGAGAUUCCCGAGCCUGUGCAAAAGAUGGUCGACGCUUUCCUAGAGAAGAUCAGGACCGGAAAAGAGAAGGCAAUUACCGCUGGAUUUGGUGGUAAGGGUCUUGAACGUCUUGAUCAAGAACGUGAGUCGGCGCGUAAUCGUGAGCGCCGCACUUACAAAACCGGCGAAGAAGGCGAGGGCGACGAUGAGGAGGACAAAGAAGAAAAGAAGGCAAAGGAUGAUGAGCGAUUCAACAAAGCCCUUUCAUCUGUUCAAUCGGCGGCGGCCGCUGCUGCUGCCGCUGCCGCCCCCGCUCCUCCCCAACAGCUCAUUGGUGUGCCCAAGGGUAUCGACCUGGAUGGCAAGAUCACAGUGCACAGAACCGAGAAAGACCCCGCCGGUGGAGCGAAUGCCCUCGACAAGGUCGGCUCAGCUGUCGCUGAUAUCCACGCUCGUCUCAGCCGAGCCGGUGUCAUGCGCUCCGGUGUCCCCAUCGACAACCGUGGACCCGACGCUGGCGCGUUCCACGCUACCCUUGAAAUCAACGAUUUCCCCCAGAAAGCUCGCUGGGCCGUCACCAAUCGCACGAAUGUCGCCAAGAUCCUCGAGUCUACCGGUACCUCUAUCACAACCAAGGGUAACUUCUAUGCUACGGGUAAAGAGCCUGCCACCGGCGAAGCACCAAAGCUCUAUAUUUUGGUGGAGGGUGAAACCGAAAUUACCGUCACUACUGCUAUGCGUGAGUUGAUGCGCCUGCUGAAGGAGGGCACUAUUGCAGCUGCGGAUAGUGAUGCUCGUGCGCCUGCUAGCGGUCGCUACAACGUUGUUUAG